GUAUUAUUCAGCACUAUUUCUCUUGCUACCAGUAUUUAAAUGCAUUAUGCAUGCACUCUUAUGUAUCAAACUCAAACAAAACCUAUAUAUUUUAAUCCUCUUUCUCCUAAAUCAAAUGAAGUCUUUUUCUUUCUUGUCACCUAUACUUUUAUACCUUCAUCUGUUUCUUCUGUUUACCUUAAAUUUAAUGUGGUUUAGUCCAAACAACAUUAUGGCUGCAAUAUUAGGAAACCAAUUAGAUCAUUUGGCAUUGCUCAAAUUCAAAGAAUCAAUAUUAAAUGAUCCACAUAAAACUCUUGAAUCUUGGAAUACUUCCAUCCACUUAUGCAAGUGGCAUGGAGUCACAUGCAGCCCCAUGCAUGAAAGAGUUACAGAGUUGAACCUAGAAGGAUAUCAGUUACAUGGAACUUUAUCUCCCCAUGUUGGCAAUCUCACUUUUCUGAUAAAUCUCAAUCUUAGAAACAAUAGUUUCUUUAAAGAAAUCCCACCAGAACUUGGUAAGUUGCUACAACUGCAACAACUUCGUCUCGACAAAAAUUUGUUUGCAGGUAAAAUUCCAACAAACUUGACAUAUUGCUCUAAUCUCAAAGACUUGAAUUUGGGAUAUAACAUUCUAGUUGGCAAAAUACCAAUUGAAAUUGGCUCUUUGAAAAAGCUUGAAUCACUAGCCAUUGAUAGAAACAAUUUAACCGGAGAAAUACCUUCUGUCAUAGGAAAUCUUUCAUGCUUAACAAGUUUUUUGUUUGCUUUUAACAAAUUAAAAGGAGAUAUCCCUCAAGAAAUAUGUCACCUCAAAAACUUCACAACUUUAAAUGUCGGUAAAAACAAUUUGUCCGGUAUAAUUCCUUCUUGUCUCUACAAUAUCUCAUCAAUAAUUAAGCUCUCCAUAGCAUUGAAUAACUUUCAUGGCUCUCUACCUCCCAACAUGUUCCACACCCUCCCCAAUCUCCAAACUUUUGCAUUUGGAGGAAAUCAAUUUUCGGGCUCAAUCCCCACUUCCUUAAUAAAUGCAUCUUCUGCCUUGACAUAUUUUGAUAUCAGUCAAAACUAUUUUGUCGGACAAGUUCCAAUUCUAAGAAGGCUAAAAGAUUUAAAAUUUCUGAAUUUGGAAGAGAACAAUUUAGGUAACAAUUCAUCCAAAGAUUUAGAUUUUUUAAAGUAUUGGACAAAUUGUAGUAAACUAGAAGCGCUUUCGAUAGUUGGUAAUAAUUUUGGUGGUAAUUUGCCAAAUUCUAUAGGCAAUAUUUCUGUUGAACUUAAAGAACUAUAUCUAGGGGAUAAUCAGAUAUCAGGAAAAAUUCCUACAGAAAUAGGACAUCUAGUUGGCUUAAUUAUCUUGACCAUGGAUUUUAACAACUUUGAAGGAAUUAUUCCAACUACUUUUGAGAAGUUCCAAAAGAUGCAAGUGUUAGAUUUGGAAGUAAACAAGUUGUCAGGAUAUAUACCACCCUUUAUAGGAAAUCUCAAUCAAUUAUUUGAAUUGGAUUUACAUCUUAAUAUGUUUCAGGGAAAUAUUCCUCCAAGCAUAGGAAACUCUCAAAACUUACAAUAUCUUGAUCUUUCUCAGAAUAUGCUUAGUGGAAACAUACCCUUAGAGAUUUUUAAUAUUUUUUCUUUAUCAAACAUAUUGAACUUGUCACACAACUCUUUAAGUGGUAGCUUACCAAGAGAAGUGAGUAUGCUAAAAAAUAUUGAUAUGCUAGAUGUCUCUGAGAAUAAUCUAUCUGGUGAUAUUCCUGGAGCAAUUGGUGAAUGUAUAAGCUUAGAAUACCUUUAUUUGCAAGGUAACUCCUUUAAUGGAACAAUACCUUCCUCUUUGGCUUCUCUCAAAGGUCUUCAAUAUUUAGACAUUUCAAGAAAUCAAUUGUCUGGAUCAAUUCCUGAUGUUAUGCAAAAUAUCUCUUUUUUAAAAUAUUUGAAUGUUUCUUUUAACAUGCUGGAAGGCGAGGUACCGACACACGGUGUCUUUGGAAAUGUAACUCAAGUAGAUGUUUUUGAAAACAAUAAGCUUUGUGGAGGUAUUUCACAACUGCAUCUACCACCAUGCCCUAUCAAGGGUAGGAAACACACUAAACACCAUAAAUUCAGGUUGAUAGCAGUGAUAGUUAGUGUUAUUUCUUUUCUUCUCAUACUUUCAUUUAUUAUAAUUAUCUACUGGAUGAGGAAAAGAAAUAAAAAACGAUCUUUUGAUUCACCAACAAUUGAUCAGCUGGCUACAGUUUCAUACCAAGACUUGCAUCGAGGAACCGAUGGGUUCUCGACUAGAAACUUGAUCGGAUCAGGAAGUUUUGGUUCAGUGUACAGAGGAAAUCUUUUGUUAGAAGAUAAUGUUGUUGCUAUAAAGGUCAUGGACCUCCAAAAGAAGGGAGCUCACAAAAGUUUCGUUGUUGAAUGUAAUGCACUCAAGAAUAUUAGACACCGACAUUUAGUUAAGAUUUUAACAUGUUGUUCUAGUAUAGAUUACAAAGGUCAGGAAUUUAAAGCUCUAGUUUUUGAGUACAUGAAAAAUGGAAGCUUAGAACAAUGGUUGCAUCCCAAUAUUUUAAAUUCAGAACAUCCAACAACAUUGAACCUUGGUCAGAGAUUAAACAUCAUUAUCGAUGUUGCUUCUGCGUUACAUUAUCUUCACCAAGAAUGUGAGCAAUUGGUCCUUCAUUGUGAUCUAAAGCCAAGUAAUGUCCUUCUUGAUGAUGACAUGGUUGCCCACGUGAGUGAUUUUGGUAUAGCAAGACUCAUCUCGGCCAUUGGCGGUACCUCACAUAAGAAUACCAGUACAAUUGGAAUAAAAGGAACCGUUGGCUAUGCUCCUCCAGAGUAUGGAAUGGGUUCUGAAGUGUCAAAAUGUGGUGAUAUGUAUAGCUUUGGAAUCCUUGUGUUGGAAAUGCUUACUGGUAGAAGACCCACUGAUGAAUUUUUUGAAGAUGGUCAAAAUCUACAUAACUUUGUUGUAAAUUCAUUUCCUGAUGAUCUUAUAAAGAUUUUGGACCAAUGUCUUGUACCAAGAGAUGCAGCAGUAGCAAUACAAGAUGGAGACAGUGAGAAUCUUAUCCUAAGUGUGACAGAGUGCUUAGUUUCACUUUUUAGGAUUGGACUUAUUUGCUCAAUGGAAUCCCUAAGGGAAAGAAUGAAUAUUGUGGAUGUCACUAGAGAGCUUAGUAUAAUCAGGAAGACCUUUCUUGCCGGUGUCCGCACUCAUAAUUAGUAAUUCAACUCGAUGCAUUGUUGUUAAGAAAACUGAAUGUUCUCGCAGGAAGAACAUUUAGCAAUGCUUGGUUUACUAAUUUGUUAUUAAUUGAAUUUGGUUACCAGUAUUUGAUUAUGUAUGAUUGUGUUCAGUUCACCAUAGAUUUCCCUGCAACCUACUAGUUGUAAUGUUGUAUGUAUUGCUUUCUGUUUCAAUGAAGUGAGAAUUGAUACUUCUCCCAUAUUUAUCUUUAUUCAUUGGUCAUGUAUUUUCAUUUUGCUAUAUAUAUAAGAAAAGAGUUUGUUUUUUUGUUUGAAGUGUUGUGCAGAAUCAUGGAUAAUGUUUUAUUGAUGUUAAUCAUUUUUGUUUUGUUUGCUUGGAGCAAAAAUUAAGUUUUUCUAGUACAAUUAAGGGUUCAGAGUAAUCCAAAUCUAUAAAUAUGCCAUUUUGCAUUUGUACCAAUAUUUUAUUCUGUACUUGCAUGUCUACCUUGAUUAUACUAAAAGAACUUAGAGAAGCCGUUUUGCACCUCUUUAGAGAGACAAGGCUGGUUCAAAUUCUAUUUGCUCAUUUGGAGGUGCAGUUCAAAUUUAUCUUUUAUCGUCCAAAGUUGGAAGAAUUUUUUGUAGGACUUAUCAGCCAAGUUUUCCAAAUCCAGCAAAGCUGAGAGUGUGGCUAUGGCAGUAGUUGGAGGGGAAGAAAAGUAUAGAACAACAACACUUGUUUCUGCGGAUUGUAAUGUUCGUAUAUUCUCUCCUGCUAAAGAUUGUAAUGUGGUUCCAAUAGUGGUAAUGAUAUUGUUUGCAGAAGAUAAAUUUGGCAGCUUCCAUCGUUCUCCUAUAAUGAUUGAAAAUUGUAUUAAUUUGUUUGCUUAUAAA